GUUUCAUUUCCUCUUUUGAUAGAAUAAUAGUAAAAAUAAGGUUUUCACAAGCAAAAUAUUUUAUUUAAUAAAUAAACCAUGAAAGCUUCUAAUGUUAUUAUAAUUUGUUGUACUAUUUAUUCAAUUGCAUGUAUUUGUUCAGAAAUCGUGUAUUUGGUAAUUUUACAUAAAAUUGGGGAUCAUAAUGAUCAUGGUGUACAUCCAGGAAAGUUUUUAUUGAUAUAUACAAGUGCUUUGUUAUUUUAACAAAGUUUUUAAAAGAUUGAUAGAAAGUUUUUUGUAUCUUGGUGGUUUCAAUUAUUUUUCAC